ACUACGAGUGUUUGUUUCCGAGUUUGUCCCAGCUUAUUGUGGGCCGAGAAAAUCUGCUGUUUGCUCAAAACCGGUAGGAAGCUUUGCAAUGGGGGAGAGGGAGUUGAUUGGAAAGGAGAAUGCUUUCUGCCUCCUUGUGGCCGGCUACCUGGAGAUUAGAAAGGACAGCGUUUUCAGAUAUUCAGAAUAUGGAGACUUAGGCCUAGUUUUCAGCUAUUGGAGCUCAGCGGAACCCACAUCUCCCGUCAACAUGUCCUACAACUGCUGCUCUGGAAACUUCUCCUCCCGCUCCCUUGGGGGCUCCCUGUGCUACCCAGGCUCCUCCUGUGGCUCUUCCUACCUCAGCAACCUGGUCUACACCACUGGCCACUGCUCCCCCAGCACCUGCCAGCUGGGCUCCUCUCUCUACAGUGGCUGUCAGGACACCUGCUGUGAGCCCAUCAGCUGCCGGACGCCCUGCGUGGUGUCCAGCCCCUGCCAGAUGCCCUGCUACCGCCCGAGGACCUCGACGCUCUGCCGUCCCUCCCCGUCAGCUUACUCUGGGUCUCUGCGCUGUGGGUCCAAUGGGUUCAGACCCCUGCGUUAUGGAGUCUGUGAUUCUCCUACCUUAGACUAUGGAUCUGGAUUCUACCAUCCAACCUAUUUUGUUUUUCGGAAUUCCCAACCAUUUUGCUACCAGCCAAUCUGUAGAUCUCACUUUUACAGAUUAACUUGGUGA